ACCUGCCACUGACCCUGUCAUAAGCGGGCACACAGCCAUGGCAAACAGGGGAAGUUACACAAGGGUGCAAAACUGUUUAUGGAGCCAGAUCACACACUAGUCCCAGUGUUGCCUUGUGGGUAGUAGGUGGGGCUUCUGGCAUUUGCGUGGGGGCUCUCCAAUGAGACCCAGAGCAGGAUAAGGCUCCAGCCUUCUGGUUUUCAUAACAGAAGCUCCCUCCAGUAGGGUUGAGGCAUGGGAGGAGCUUGCCCAAACUCAAAUAAACACUGACAUGCAGCAUCUUCUGAGGAUGUGCAGCCUCCACAGGACACACUACAACAGCUAGAAGGACAAGGACAGCUGAAACCUCCGGCAAGAUGAUCAAGUCCUUCAAGCAAACAUUUCUGUCCCUGGACCUGCAGUCUCCUCGCUGGAGCUCAGUAGAGGCAAUGGCAAAGGACUAUGAACUGCGUCAGUACGAGACAGCAAAGUGGGUCAGCACAGUCAUCAGGGGAGAAACCCAGAAGGAAGCAAUGCGCCAGGGCUUCUGGAAACUCUUCCACUACAUCCAGGGAAAGAAUGAAAAAGAAGUGAAGAUUGAUAUGACUGUGCCAGUGACCUGCCUGGUAAAAUCAGGCUGCACAGACUUCAAGAUCUCUUUCUUUGUGCCAUUUGAACACCAGGACUGUCCCCCUCAGCCCACUGACUCAGAUGUGUUCAUUGAGGAACGGAAGGCAGCAGCUCUCUUUGUCAGGUCCUUCGGUGGCUUUGCCUCUCCAGAGAAAUAUGCUGAGGAAGCUGAUGCCUUGGCCAGAACCUUAAGAAACAGAGGCCAGCCAUUCCACGAAGACUUCUUCUAUACUGCAGGCUACGACAGUCCCUUCAAGCUCUUUAACAGGCAUAAUGAAGUGUGGUAUUUUAAAAAGUAACAUGAGGGGUGAAUAUUAAGAGGCUACUAAUCAGCUCUGGAUGAAAGCAGGCCUUAUUAUUGGCUUUUGUUUUGGUGCAGGAAAGAUUUAACUCGCAUGU